AUGUCGCGAAGAAUUUUUUUCUCCCGAAGUACCCCUCGGCAUUGGACAAUACGAACGAGGAUUACAAUAGCUGUGGCCAUGGGUACCACUAAGGAAAGGCUUUCAGUGAUUUUCUUUGAAUCCGACAGUUUAGCUAGAAAUUUAGAGCAUAAUGAAACACACGUUACUGUGAAAGGCGGGCGACAAUUAGUACAGAAUCGAUUCAGUAAACCGCUCAGCGCAACGGGAGAACUAGAGUCCAUAAGAAUUACAUGGAAACAUAUCGAUGGAGUAGAUACAAAUGUCAUAAAGCCACAGAUGUUGGAUGGUUUGAAUAUCUAUACAAAUGGUGAAAGCCACGAGUUUGCCAUUACAACUCCGAAGUAUCAUUAUGCCCAUUCAAAUUCACUUGACUUUCAGUUGAUUAAAUCAUUUACACAUUUAGAUCUCCAAGAAUUCAAUUUUGACUGGAAAGAGAGGGAUUAUGAUAUUCUCAUUGGAGAUUAUCUUCGUAUUGACGAAUACUAUACUUUAGACGAAGGCAUGGAGCAGUCGUUCGGUAAGGAUUCUCAACUAGACAAAAUGGAAGCUGGUUUCUUCUUUGUUGAAUCACAAAGUGGGUUGGACACCACUCUUAAUGGCAUAAGAUGCAUGUGGAAUAAUGAUUCUUCCAUUGAAACUUGCCAGAAAACUCUCCUUUUCUAUCAAAGAGCCCAUUUGACAGACAAUGCUCAAAUAGCAGUGGAUUUGAUUGAUCCAGUGGGCUUGCAUCCUACUAUUAACAUAGACUUGACAUCAAUGUCGCCAGCUCGGGGAUGUGAGUAUUAUGCAUAUAUGACUCUUCCCCUUGAUAUUUUUGUGGACAAAUAUCAAUCGUCACCUAUUUUUGUCUUUGGGGAACGCGACCUUGAGUUACCAGAGUUCAAACUAAAAAAUAGUGCUUGGGGUUCGGAGGCGCUAUUUCAGCUAAAAGGUGGUAAACAGAACGAAAUCAAAUUGCAUUCACGCUAUGUAGAACCUAUUGAAAAAGGCGGUUAUAAAAAUUCAAAUUUUGACACAUUAAUAUUUCUAGCGUGCGACUCUGGAAACGAGAAUGUAAACGAAAAUCCAUUUUAUAGCAAGGGACUAGGCUAUGAAUCAUAUUUUACCCAGGACACUGUUUUCCACCACCUCAAUGCCACGAAAAUAAACUUCAGAAUACCAACAGCAAACGCAAAUGACUACUUUUUGAUUCAGCAUACCACUAUUGCUUGCAUUUUCUUUUCUGUUCUGUACCUACUCGCGAAAACUUUCAAAGCCGACACUCGGUAG